CAUGUUUUUCUUUCUACAGGUAACUAAGAAUGAGUGUUACUCUUCGGUUACAGGGUCUUUCCAAUAGGGCAAAUUCUUAUGAUAUUCGAAAAUUCUUUGUUGGGCUGGACAUUCCCCAGGGAGGGGUUCAUAUCAUUGGUGGAUCAGAUGGUGAAGCUUUUGUUGAUGUUGCAACAUGGGACAAUGCUUAUGAAGCACUUCAGAUGUCAGGCCUGAAAAUAAGGGAUUCCGUAAUACAAAUUUCAGUUGUCUCCUCUGAAGAAAAGCAGCAAGCUUUGGAAAACUGUGAUAAGGUCAAAGAUUCUGCUCAUGGUAGAAAUGGUACUCAUGAGAAAAAAAGUAACAAGGGCAGAGAUGCUCGUUCCCGCAGAAAUAUUUCCCAUUUACGAGUGGACAUUAAUGACUUUGAACCGACUCCUUCAGAUAUCAGACAUUUCUUUAAGGGUAUUUAUAUUAGAGACAUCGUGUUCUCUAAAGAUGAAGAUUCACCUGGGAAUGUGAUUGUAAUAAUCAUGUUUGGCAACAGAGCAGAUGCAACAGAAGGCUAUAACAGAUACAAGGAUAGCAAGAUCCUACGCAUAAUGUGGUCAAGUGAAAGCGAGUGGAUAAAAUAUGGUGGUAGACUUGAUGACGAUGAAGAUGACUGCAAUUCAAGCACCUCAAAAAAUAGCAGGAGAAGAACACAUUCUAGGUCUGCACGAAGGCGAUCUAGGUCCCCUCGAAGACGUUCUCGGUCUCCUCGAAGAUAUACUAGGUCUCCAUUAAGUUCUUCUAGAACCCCAAGUCAAUCUGAAGAACAGGAUUCCACAAACACUGAGGAAUACCAUGUGCGAUUGAUGAACUUGAGCUACCGUGCUAAAAGGGAUGACAUCAAAAAGCUCUUUCAUAACCAAGUGCGUGAUGAUCACAUUGUAUUUGUGUAUGAUGAAAAAGGUCAUAGAACAAGAGAAGGGUUUGCCACGUUCACGAGGGAGGAGCACUACAGGAAGGCUCUAACGUUAAACAGAGUAAUGUUGAAAGGAUAUAAGUUGUAUAUCUCCCUUAUCUCGAAAUCAGAUAUGCAAAGAUCACUUUCAAGCAAAGGGCAAAGCAGUGGUAACUUUCAAGCAUACCUUUAUCUAAGAAACUUUUCUCCUGAUGUCACUAAAAGUGAUGUUAAAGAAUUCUUUGUGGACUUUCCUUUGAGCGACGACGAUAUUUUUCUGUUGCUUGACAAAAAUAAUACUUGUCUUGGGGAUGUGUUGGUAAAGCUCUCUUCGUUAGAAGAAACAUUCGGGGCUGAAAAACUAGACGGUACCACAUUCAAGGACAGCCGAAUAUCACUAAAGGUGAUUUAUGAGAAUAAGUUGACGUCUUUUCUCCAGUCGAAUGGUUUGCACAAGAUGCCGCCAGAUCUGAAUGAAUGCGUAACUCAAGAAGAUGAUCCAUCUGAAGAUGAGGUUACCCAAGAAAAUGACACUCCUGAUGAUGAGCCAAUUAUACAAGAUCUGGAUACACCAGAAGAUGACUCUGCUGUCCAGAAGGAUAGCCCGCCAGAGUGCGUUUCUCAAGCAGAUGAUUAACCUUUAUCAAAAUGUGU